AUGGCUGAAAUGGCUAGACCUCGCUCGUCACCGAGGUUUACCACACCGGAGGCUGUGGCUUUGCAUGAGAACGUGUCUCCCGACCGUUGGUGCGUCACUCGGUCAGACCUGAUUUAUUUGCGGCAGGAUGUUUGGCGUGCCAUCAAGUGUGGGGAGGUUCGUCCUCUUGCUGACAGUGAUGCGUUUGAGCUUUCAGAUGAGAAGUAUGGUCCAAACAUCCACACCGUGAACAAACAGUACAUCAUGCCAGUGACGGAUGAAGCCGGCAAGGUCAGCUGGGCACUGAUGCGACAUCCGGACGGCUUGGACUGCCACUUGUUCAUCAGCCACGCCUGGCUCGAGGGUGUUUUCGAAUUCCUGUCCAAGGUGCUGCAUUCCUGGCCCUCGCGCUCGCAGCAUGCCUGGUGCUGCAUGCUGGCCAACCCGCAGAAUUUGAACAUAGGUUCGUAUUUACAAUCUCCGAGCCGAUCUCCCUUCGCGCAAGCACUCCAGGCUUCUACAUGCGUCCUUGUGGUGCCCAACCGCCACUGCAGCAUCUACACCAGGCUCUGGUGUGGUUACGAAGCCUACUGCGCCCAUCAGGAGGGAAAGACCAUCCUUGUGGCCAGAGCUUCGAAUGCGCAACAGCUGACCUAUGCCCUGUUCUGGGUGAGCAUCUCAGGACUCCUGGGCAUGACAUGCGGCGAGUGUUCACGACAGAACAAGAUCCACACCAAGAUCCAGCCGACCUGA